AAAAAGAAUGAUGAAACCAGUUUAUCAUUCCAUUUUGUUAAUCAGGCUUUGUGCUGCAAAAUGCAAAACAUUCCUGAUCCGAAUUUCCCGCGCUGUUUUACGGAUAUGACGUUAAUUGACGCUUCAAGCGCGUUGUCAACAAGGUUCAAACCCGGAAAAACAUUUGGAAGCUUGCUAGGUGGCGGUAACGCGUCUUUCACUACUAGCCACGUUAAAACCCCAAACAGAAGAGGAAGAACCCUGGAAAUGGAUUCUACAACUAGCAAACGACCAAGCGCAACUCAAAGCCCACUAAAGAGUGGCACAAAGAAGAAGGUUUUAUCAGCGGCAUCUCGAGAGUCAAAAAGAAAAUAUGAUAAAAGUCGGUCAGGGACCCGAAUAUGUAUUGGUUACGCUCUGGAAGAAUGGAGGCUGCUUCAACUGGAUUUGGGCCUGAAAAAGGAUGCGGACAUGGCACAUUUUCUAGUGACCAGCCACCGGAAGAAGCAGGCUCCUGAAACUGCAAUUCAGGGAGGUUAUGUGAAGGCAACCUCGACACCCAGUAAGAGAACAGCAGCUAAAAUGUCGCAUCGAUUAUCUCCAACUGAACCUGUGUCUGAGGGGGAAGAUUUUCUAAUGGCUGGUGUUGAGGCACUGAUGACCUAUAUUUGGAUCCUUUUGAAGAAAGUUUCAAAUCCAUGGAUCUAGCUACGGAUGCAGUCCAAAUUGAUGAGGACCAAGCAAACAACUUACUCAACAGUGUGCUGGGAUCCUAAAGGGAAUUUCCAUCCUACUUGUGUGGCUGAAUGACAUCUUCAACCAAUUUUGGUACAUUUGCCAGAAAGCACAACAUCGUGAUAUGUUUAAUGACAUGUGGGUGGGUGUGCUUCACCAUGUCACAAGGAAGCAUGAAUGGACCCGUGGCAAAUGUGACCAUGGACCACUUGAUGCAACAACCAGUGAUAAAGAGCUCAUGGUACCAUGAUCUCCACCACACGAGGCUCUUCAACGAAUCAUGUUCAACAGACGCUGGUUGAAGGAUGUCACCAAUCUGACCUUUAGGUAUAUUAAUAACAUUUUCAUAAGCAAAAAAGCUAAAGUGUCAAUAUCAAAGCUGACAAUUUACAUAUAGAAAUGACAAUUGUGGGUGAAAAGGCAAUCAAAAGUGUGAUUCCUAAUAAUCUAUAAAGUUGUAGCUUUUGUUUUUUUUUACAGGUCAACUUCAGAACUGGAGAGUUUCCAGAAUUGCAUUCUCAUGUAAUCUAUGUAUGAUCUAAUGCUGCUGUUCUCCUCUCUCCAUAAAGGCCCCAGCUACGUGAAGCAUCAAAAGACAGGAAUGACUUCUUUCAUGCACACAGAUUUAUUAGAAAUUAAGAAAAAAUACUAUGUACAAAUGCAAAUAACAGAACUUUUUUGUACAUAAAUAAAAAUAAAUAUAUUGCACAAACUGUUUGUUUAUUUUUGGGUGAAAAUGCUGUCUUCAGCGAAAGUUAUUUUGAGGUAUUGUGCCGUUUUGGAACUACUGUAGUUGUAGAUAAACGGUUUGGAUUUUUGGGUUAGGGUGCCCUCAGUCAGGAAGACGGUGUCCUGGCGUCUCUUGCCGAAACUCCAGGAUAUCCAGCAUCACCCCUGGAAGACGGGUUACCACUCUCUCGAGAAUAUUAUCUCCUCCUGCCUCAGGUGUUGUAAAGCUGUCUAGAAAUUAAAGAGCAUAUGUUUACAUGACUAGAUUCAUAUCUCCAGUGAGUGAUGUUUUCGUUUUUGGCAUCUAUUAUUUUAUUUUAUUUUAUUUUUUUGCACAAAUGGCUACAACCAACCUGCAUCUCAGCUAUACUGGCAGCUCUCAGCUGUGCAAGCUGGUCUCGGCCCUCUUCUCUGAAAGCUGUUUCGCUGCCUACCCCGGCGCCCUGGUCUUCUUGAAGGAGCUCUGGACCUCAACCUGCUGCCCUCACCCCUUGAGCGUGUCCUUCCCCGACCCUCGGAGCGACCUUUUCCUCUCCCCUUUCCUUUAGCCCCUGGUCUCAAACUUUUCCACGACACAUCAAAGUCUGUGGCAGGCUCGGGCACACUCCAUCUGAACUGUCUUCCAUCACUCCUUCCAAUGUGAAUUCCUGAAAAUCAAUGACAGUAAUGGAAAAAUGACUGUAUUACCCUGUAGGUCUUGUUGAUAUUAUGAUUUUAUUUUGAUGCAUUUUUGAACUAAACAUUGAUAUUUAUGUUCUUAUUUACAUUGUUGUGAUGCCUGUCCUGUAAUGAAAUUGGUUUCACAAAUGAUGUCAGUGACUUGAAAUUGGAUGUUCUUACAUGAUGCAUAAACAAUAACAUUAGCUUGUUAGUAAGCUUAGUGCAAAAUAAUAACUGUAACUGGUCUAAAAACAUCAGAAAUCACCUGCAGCCACAAAGCCUUAUGCUGAUAAAGUAGCAUCAUGUUACUGUCUUG